AUGGAUUUUAAGGAGGCUGUGAGGGAAUAUUGCAUCCAGGAAGGUAGAAGAGUUAGAUUCAAGAAAAAUGAUAAUGUACAAUGCAGGACUUUAUGUAAGGGUGAGAAAUGUCCAUGGGUUAUCUAUGUCUCUAAGGAUAGUGACGGUGUUUUCUGGCAAGUUAAAAUCUUCAAUGAUGAUCAUACCUGCCCAAGAGAGACAAAAAAUAAAUUAGCUAACAGAGGGUGGUUAGCAAGCAAGUUAGUGAAGAAGCUUAGGAAAUUUCCAAAUCUGAAGCACUUUGAAACUUUAACAUACUUCAAAAGCAAAUGUGACUUGGACUUGAACAAGUCUUCCCUAACAAGAGCACUUGGAGAUGCAAGGCACAUUGUGUAUAGUGAUGCUGUUGCACAAUAUGGAAUGGUGAGAGACUAUGGUGAGACUCUCCUGAAGUGCAACCCUGGUACUAAUAUGCGCAUGACAACAAUUCUUCAUCCCAACCCCACAGAAGAGCCCACUUUUGACAAGAUGUAUAUUUGUUUGGAUGGGUGCAAGAAUGGAUUUAGGACGGGAUGCAGAUCUCUAAUAGGGCUUGAUGGAGCAUUCCUAAAAAUCAGAUUUGGUGGACAAAUCUUGGCAGCAAUUUACGCCAUUGCAAAUGCCAUUGUACUAGUGGAGAAUACGGAUAAUUGGAGGUGGUUCCUUGAGCUGUUGCAUGAGGAUCUAGGGAGCUACACUCAAAAUGGGUGGUGUUUUAUUUUGGACAUGCAAAAGGGGCUAAUCACAGCUGUGCAGGAGGUCUUUCCUGAUGGCUGA